AUUACUAAUCCCUUAGUUGGAGCGAGCUAGAAGAGUGUGUCUGUAUGAAUAACUUGCGGAUUUAGGAUAAACCUGGCAACCCUCUACGUCACAUAAAAACCGUAUCUCAUUUCCGGGUUCCAGGUUCAACCAUCAACAUGCUUACACCGAAACUAGAAGACGCUCUUACAAAACUUUAUGACAGUUUCCGUAAAUGUAAAUGUUAUCAUUGCUUAAAAUGAAGUUUAUAGAAAAGGAAAACAUAAUCGGACAUUCAUCCAGCAUCCACUACUUCGCAUUGCUGCUUCGAGUUCAAUUUGAACCAUAAAUCGUAUAACCUGCUGUAAAGAUGGAAAGGGCGAGUCACCAUACAACAGAUCAACAUACCGUUACACUCCUGUCCUGGCCUGGAUUCUCACUCCCAACAUCUACCUGAACUUCACGUUCGGGAAGAUCCUCUUCAUCCUCUGUGAUGUGCUGACAGGCUUGCUCAUCUACCAGUACCUCUGCCUGCGGGGGAUCAGCUCAGAGGUCCGUUUAAAUAAGAGUUGUUUAGAUAACGAUACCAGUAUCAGAAAUUACUGAUACAUAACCCUUCAAUAAGAAAAAGUGCUAUUAGUAGUUACUGCUCGAUGCUGUAGCGGUAUAUACUCGGUAUCAGGCGAGUUCCGGAAUCAGAAUCGGAAAUAAAGAGUAUCAGAACAUCUGUAAUUUAAGUUGGUUUGCCGUGGUCAAGCAAGGUGAUUUUUGUGUAGUACGCUACUUUACACAGCCACAGCCACAAAGGGCUUUACUAGAAGAAUCAUGAUGAAUGAUGAGAAGAAUCUCAUCAAUCAGGAUCUUUCUGAAUGAUGAGAGGGAACAACCAACUCUUUGUUAUUUUAUCUUUGAUCUGUGACCAGGUUGCGUGUCGUGUCUGCUCCCUGUGGCUUCUCAACCCCUUGCCCAUGGGCGUCUCCAGCCGGGGCAAUGCCGAGUCCAUACUGACGGCCCUAGUGCUGUGUACACUGCUGUGUCUAGAAGACACAAUGGCAUCCUCAACCCCUUUGACCGAGGCCAACAUCACCUUUACCCUGGCGUUGUUCAAAAAGAUCACGGAGGAAAACAAGUCUGGCAAUAUCUUUUACUCUCCUCUCAGCAUCUCUUCGGCCCUGGCCAUGGUGCUGCUGGGUGCAAGGGGGAACACAUCCACACAGAUGUCAGAGGUGCUCUGCUUCUCCGAGGCAGAGGGACCCCAGCAGCAGGCUCUUCCAGCACUGGCACAGAUGCAGAUGCAGCAGAGGGCGCCCACCACCUUUCUGCCACAGUUUCUGCUCAAGAGGAUGGCGCUGCAACAUCAGAAGAGCGAAGAGGACAUCAACGCCAGCUUCUCCAAACUGCUGAGCGAGCUGAACAAGCCAGACGCGCUGUACUCCCUUAGUCUGGCCAACAGGCUGUAUGGAGAGAAGACUUUCCAGUUUGUUCAGGGGUUCCUGGAUGAAACCAGGAAGUACUACCAGGCAGACCUCCAGUCUGUGGACUUCAAAGCCAAGGCAGAGGAGGCCAGGGUGGAGAUAAACACCUGGGUGGAGAAACAGACACAAGAUAAAAUCAAGGACCUGUUGGUACCUGGUGUGGUUGACUCGCUGACCAGGUUGGUGCUGGUCAAUGCCAUCUACUUCAAGGGAAAGUGGGACAAGCAGUUCAAGGAGGAAGCCACCAAGGAGACUGCCUUCAAACUGAACAAGAAUGACACUAAGAAAGUGAAGAUGAUGUACCACAAAGCAAGGUUCCCUCUUGCCUUCAUUCCUGAGGCGAAUUGCCAGAUCCUGGAGCUGCCCUAUGAAGGCAAAGAACUCAGCAUGCUGAUCUGCCUCCCAAUGGAAAUUGAGGACGGCACCACCGGCCUGGAGAAGCUGGAAGCGAUGCUGACCUACGAGACCUUCAUGGAAUGGACCCGGCCAGACAGGAUGGGCCGGAGGGAAGUCAAGGUGGGCCUGCCGCGAUUCAAGAUGACGCAGACCUACGACAUGAAAGACCUGCUGGUCAGCAUGGGCAUGGUGGACGCCUUCGACCAGGGCCUCAGUGACUUCUCUGGCAUGUCCUCGGCCAACGACCUGGUGCUGUCCAAGGUGGUCCACAAGGCCUUCGUGGAGGUCAACGAGGAGGGCACCGAGGCCGCCGCCGCCACCGCAGCAGGCAUUAUGGUGGGAUGCAGCAUGAUGAAAACCCCCCAAUUCGUCGCCGACCACCCCUUCCUCUUCUUCAUCCGCCACAACCCCAGCAAGAGCAUCCUGUUCGCCGGCCGCCACAGCUCACCUGAGUGAUGGCUGAGGGUGGGGGGCGGGGGGGGUGGACACGUGUCUGUGAGAGCCUCCAGUGUGAAGUGCAUAGCGCUUGCCCACAUCUAUUAAGUGUUCACUUGUCUUUUAAACUGGAGGAGACCUGCCUUGAUCAAACCGGGGUGGUGCUUCGAAACUUUUUUCGAUGCACGUAUAUAAUUUCCGUAUAAAAUACAUUUUUAGCAUUAUAUAAUAAUUCCGUAUAUAAUAUUUUUUUUGCAUUGAGGUCACUCAUGUUGGUGGUAUGCAUUCACAUACAGUCUACUGUUGGGUCAACACUGAGUGGAACAAUGGAUUUACUGGUAUGACACACUAGCCUUGCGCUGUAUACCCCCGGUUUGUCACUCUCCAGCCUUAGGUCCCCCAUAUGUAGGCCCAUUCUAAACCGCUUUAAGUCCUCCACAUAAACUCCUUUACUGCAGUAGUAGUAGCUGGGUUGUAUUUUUCUAAUGACAUAGUAUGCCAGAUAUACACUUAAUGAUGAAUUUUAUUCAACCAAAGAUGUCAUUAACCGUGGAAAACAUUUAUUUUAAGUGUGUGUAAAUUUGUGUAUGGCUUAUAGAGACUUUAUAAAGACUAAACAUGCUCAA